CGCUGCCACAGUGCGGGGGGAGAGAGAGUGGAGUGAACGUCGGGGACGCAGCAGCGGCCAGGAGGACGCGCCUCUCUGGACCAUGAGAGAGAGUGAAGGGAGACGCACUGAGCCGCGGCGAUAAGACGGAGCACAGCAAGAUGAAGACACCUAUGCGCCAUGGGGUAACGGUGCUUCUCCUGCUUCUCCUGUGCGCCAGCUUGUUCCUCGUCUACAACGGAAGGUUCAACGUCGCUUCCAGGGACGCUAACGACACCCACAUCCGACAGCAUGAACAGCUGCGCCGGCCCACCGGAGCCCCCGUGGCGGUGGCAGAGUCCCAUCCCCCGGUCCUCCAGGGAUACAGUGGCAUCAUCGACCAUAAGCCUCUGAGAAUGCACUGCCAGACGUGCGCCCUGGUGACCAGCUCCGGUCACCUCAUCGGAGGAGGUCGCGGGGAUGAGAUCGACCAGGCGGAAUGCGUCAUCCGAAUGAACGACGCCCCCACAUCCAGGGGUUACGCCCGCGACGUGGGCCGCCGCACCUCGCUGCGCGUCAUCGCUCACUCCAGCAUGCAGAGAGUCCUGCGGAGUCGCCACGAGCUGCUCAACGCCAGCCAGGACGCGGUCUUCAUCUUCUGGGGCCCCAGCAGUUACAUGAGGCGAGACGGGAAAGGCCUGAUCUACAACAACCUGAGGCUGAUGAACCAGGUGCUGCCCAAACUCAAGGUUUACAUCAUCUCCUGGCAGAAGAUGCUGCAGUUUGACGAGCUCUUCAAGAAGGAGACGGGGAAAGACAGAAAGAUCUCCAACUCCUGGCUGAGCACAGGCUGGUUCACCAUGACCAUCGCCCUGGAGCUGUGUGACCGCAUCAACGUGUACGGAAUGGUGGCCCCUGACUUCUGCAGGGAGCCCCAGCACCACUCCGUCCCCUACCACUACUACGAGCCUCGCGGUCCGGACGAGUGUGCCAUGUACAUUUCCCACGAACGAGGCCGGCGGGGCAGCCACCACCGCUUCAUCACCGAGAAGCGGGUCUUUGCAAACUGGGCACGUACGUUUGACAUCCACUUCUACCAGCCGGACUGGAGCCCCCCACCUCUGCCUGCCAACCAGACGCUAAAGGAAGCAGACACGGUGACACCUUUGGAAGCGGCGGCGGCGUCCCAGCAGACGUGACCAGGGAUGUCAAAGGGUCGAAGGAAAGGCUUGAGAUUCACAUCAGGACCGGAGGACGAGGACUGGAGCCUCUAGAGUCCAGACUUAGGCAUGAAGAACAGAAAAUGACUUGAGACUUGAGUAGAUUCUGCUGAAACAUUUUUCCAGUUGCUCCAGUGGAAACUGCAGGUGAAGAAGCCGUACUCCCCCUUUAGAAAAAGAGGCUUGGAUCCUCCUCGUCUUUGUGCGUACAUGCUGUGUUUGUUCCUGUGUGUGUGUGUAUGAAUAGUGUGGAUGUGUGUGUGUGUUUACCAUAGAGGGAAUUACACUGGCUACAUGUUGAGUUUGGGCUUUACACAAAAGCCCUUUAUUGGAUGAAGGCUCAGAGCUGGAUCCACUGCUCACAUCUCUGAAUAAAAACCACAACACAUCACCACGCUCCCUAAUCUGACAGCCUGGCCCCGGAGAUCAUGACUAACACAGCGCAGAGCAGCGAUAACAACGCAGGUUUGAAAGCGUGAAUGAUUCCGGUUCAGAAAUAUCACAAUGUUUCAGUGAAUUAAUAUUUUCUUACACUCCUAACUCAACACCACUGUUAGAAACUCAGGCUCCAACCAACACGGAAUUCACUGAAGAACCCAGAAAGUCAGCGAUGAAUUUGGACAAAAAACUGUUUUCUUUCCUGGACAUCAGUCAACGUACAUCUUCAAGCCUGUGCUUCUCCUCAACAACGAGUUCUGUCUGACAAUUUAGUCUGUUCCUUCAAUUCAGCCGUCAAAGGUCGGCUCUGUAACAAAUCCUUCACGCUGUGAGAGUUUUUUAAAAACUCAAGCCUGUUUCUGGGUGAAGCUGAUUCUAUAAUGGAUGGUUCUAGAUGUAUGAACACCACUGUUAGGCACCAACCAUGAGAUCUGAUCCUUCGACUACAGACCACAGAGAACAACACGAUCCUCGGCUGAAUCAUCUGCUGCAGAACAGCCGGGAUUCGAACCAUUUACAGGACGAUCCGUCGCUCAUAGAAAAGCCGACUUUCUCGUCGCAAUCCCUCCACUCUUGUAGCGCAGCACAGAUUUAAAAAGAUUUAGAAUUUGACAGGAUCAUUUUAUUGCCGCAGAAUAUCAGGUACGCACGUGAGGUAUUUGGACAAAAACUGCAGUCUUUUCACAUUUAGUUUCUUUUAAUGGCAUUCAAAGCAAAAAAAACACACUCUGGACUGAGCGAAGGCGACCUUUCGUCGUGAUGUUGUUGUGAAACUAAGCAUGCAAAGAAAACAGGUCUGCAGUUUCCAUUUUAUGUCUUAUUAAAACAUUAUGUUGUUUUUUUUCCCCCAAAAACACUGGAAAUGUCACUUCACUUAAUAAACAAAAUACUUUUAUCUGGACUCCUGUGGUGAGAAGUAAUUUUGUCAAUAACAGACAAAUUGAAAGUGUGUUCCAUUUGCAUCGCUUCCUGCAGAGAUCAAAGUGAAACCUGAAGGUUCUCUCUCCCCUCUCUCUCCCCCCUUUCUCUCUCUCUGUCAUCACUGCUCGUCACUGUGAAGUAACAAUAAAAAUCAUCCUAAAGUAAAGCAGCCGCUGAGCUACAAGGUCUCGUCGUCACUACGUGCACCUGAACACAUCUGACCUUUUCCCAGGAUUUAUCCAAUAGUUUAAAUAAUAACAGAACUUCAAAUGUCUAAAGUCCAAGAACUUCAGGCGUCUACAACUACAUUUCUGCAAGGGCAGUUGAAGUAAUUUACCAAAUAAAUAAAUAAACUAGUCAAAUCUUAUAAAAGCAGUGGAUCCUGUUUCUCCUCGGAGAUGAGAGGCUCAUCCAGGUUAGAUCUGAAGGACGACCGACACUGAUCUUCAUGGGGAAACCAUAGCGACAGAGGAAAGAGAGAGAGCAGUGAGAUGAAAGGCCGAGUCCAUGAAACAGAGUCAGGUCUCAAGUGGGUUUGUGAAACAACAAAUGCAUCUGCGACAGCCUGAGCUCUGAUUGGUUCUCUAUUGUUCCGACAACUCUGGAAACACAGACUGUACAUGGAGCCAAGUGUCAGCUGCGGGGCAUUAGGGGAGUCAGGGGGGAGAUCUGAAUCUGAAGAUGAAUCUGAAUAAUCAGCGGGCAGCUGUUGUGGAUUAAUUAUGAUUAUUUGUUAUAAAACCUGAAAACAUGUUCAAUGUAUUUAUCAGAGUUGACCUGUUGAUUUUGAACACUUUGAUAUCUUAACAAAGUCAUCACAGACCAGCGACAUGUUUUGAAUUCAUGUUUCAUGUUUAAUCAAAUCACCAAGACCCAACGGCGGACAUUAAUUGUGUUGACAGUAGUUGAAGAGCGAGCAGGAAGAUCAAGAAAAUUACAAACAAGUGUUCCAUAAAUAAUGUAUAGGAAACGGAGCACGACCACGACUGCUGCUGCAGGCACCUGAAGGGGCAGCACCUCACCUUAGAAAAGGACCUUCAGUCCAAUCAACAUGAGUUCGUGGCCCAGUCACUGUGACUCUGGUUCCAUAAGGAGAAGGAACAAAAAAAAAA